AAAAAUAACCUUGCACUUUAGUUAUCUGAACUUAAAAUGUAUUGUUAAUAUGACUACACAUUGCGGAGUUUGUUGAGAUAACUCAUUAUUUCAUGUUUAUUCUUUCUUAAAAAAUAAAAAGCUUUUUCAACUUAGAUUUUCAAGUCAACUGAAAUCACCAGAGUAAUUUAAACCGCGCAGGUGCCCUCAACGUCUUUUUUUAACGUGCGGUACGUCAGCGCAGGGGGCGUGUCUUCAGGAUAGAGGGCGUCCGUGAGGUCCGCCAUUUCAUGCUGGAGACAGUUCUCAAAUCUGGCGAGUUGAAUCUGGCGGGCAUUUUACCUUUUCGGGUUGUGAUCUGAGGGUGUGAGUGCUGUUAAUGCAUGAAGUGGAAAUGUAAGCUUUGCACUUACUUCACAAACAAUCGUCGAAAAAUACUUGGACAUUACAGAUCAAGCCACUCUCAUUACGGAGGACGAGUACCGAUUCCUUGUAUUUACAGUGACUGUGUGUGCUCUUUUAAGUCACACAAGGCUCUUGGAAUACAUGUGAGACAACAUGGAUUUUGCUACGGUGAAAAAGUGAAUUUUAGAGUCAGAUGUCUGCUAUGUGCAUUUAGUCAACCUGCAAAUCAUAAACAAUACUUUUGUCAUCUUAACACUCAUUUAAAAAACAAGGAAACUGUCACCUGCCCAUUUAAUGGGUGUAAUUUUAAGUCAAAAGUUUAUUCCAGUUUUACCUCUCACAGAAGUCGAUAUCAUGCCUUGGAUUUUUUACAAAAUUUUAAAGCAGAGCUUCUUUAUGGCCCACCACAUGGUGAAAACUCUGAUCCCCUAUUAGACACUGGUGGGUAUUCUUCUAAUAACACUGAGUCAGCUGUUCGUGAUAGUUUUGAUUUUCAGUCUGAUGAUGAUGAGGAUGCUGCUGAUGAUGAAGAAGAGCGAGGUAGCAUUGGUGACAAAAUUAGGAAUAGACUUGCAUCUUUGCUUCUACGAAUGCAAGCCAUCUUGCAUGUAUCUAAAUCAGCUACCCAGGAAAUAAUCAAUGAACUUCACGAAAUUGGAAUUUUAGCAGGUGACCUGUCAAAAAAAACUGCAGAAAACAUUUUUACAGAGCUCAGUUGUAAUAUAGAUGAGGCCACACUAAAGUUGUUAAAGGAAAGCUUACAGGAAACCAAUCCUUUUAGUUGUCUGUCACAGAGUGGACCACUGGGAACUGAAUACAAAAGACAGUUGUUUUACAAGGAAAGAUUCAACAUAAUUGAGCCAACUGAGUAUGUGUUAGAUCCUUUACUUAACAAAACAUUUGUUUAUGUUCCAAUUUCAGGUGUGUUGCCAGCAUUGUUGAACAAGUGUGAUGUAAUUGACAAAGUUUUAGAGGAAACAAAUCUACCAUCGCUCUCUGCUUGGUACCUGGAACACCUCAGAUGCUAUGAAGUCUGCAAGAACCACUCUGCAAAGCUGCUUGUAGUCCAGCCAGAGGAGCUCAAUGACUACUUCCCCCUGUCAGCGUAUAUGGUGAAAGGCAGACUUCUGAUCUCUCCAAAAGGGUUUCUGCUCCAUUGAGAUUCCAGUGUACAAAAUGUUGCUAAGAAUCAUUAUAAACAAGGAUGAUAUUAGGAAGAUACAAACUGACAGUGAGCCAGAGACUCUUGAUUCCUUUUAUUCUUUUUUGAAAUGCAAGCUUGGAUUGGGAGGUGACUUUGUAGUUCAAUUUCAAGAUCCAGACUUUGGCAAUGAGUUCUGCAACUUGUCAAGCUUGUCUGAACUUCCAAAAGAGAAGGCCACUUUAAAGGUAAUCCUCAAGCAAAUCCCCGAGUCCCCUCAGACUGACUCAACGUUGGACACGGCAAGUCUCUCGUCGCCCUCAUCAUCUUCCAUGGAGGACACUCCUUCCUGCCGUCGGCCAUGGCCUGACCCUUUUGUGAUUCCAAAAUUCUCAUACGAUGUGGAAUUGAAGCUUAAACGUGGUAAUGAAGCCUACCAGGAGAAUGGAACCCUUCUGAUUACAAAUAAAGACACUAAAUCUGAGAUACUUGAAAAAUUGGCUGAAGAAAUUUACAAAUACUCAGCAUACCCAUCUCGAGAGCAGUAUGACAUUGUUGCACAGAGCCUUGUUAAGAAACAUCCUUGCCUGAGAGAGCCUGGAUCUGUGAAGGGGUGGUACUGCUGGAAGUUCAGUUUAAAGUUUAAAAUGGGAAAUUACCGCAACAAGCUUCGUGUGUCUGGAUGUUCAGAGCUAACAGUGAAUCGCCGAAAUUCAGGACCAAAGCAGAAGCUCAAGAAAGCUAAAAAGUCUGAAGUCAACUUUCUUCCGGAUGUUCCUGAAGGCAAAACGCAGAAUGUGCUGGAAGAGGAGAGGGCAGCCAUUGUUGCAGAGAUGAAGAAGAAGAAAGUUGAUUGGAAGAAAGUUACUGACAUGAUGGCCAGCACAUUCCCUCUGCGACGAAAAGAAAUAGUUGAAGAACAACCACUUGUGGCAGAAGUGAAGGCCAAGUGGCCAGCUUUGUUCACAGAUACACAGAUUGAGGCUGAAUUUGCUCGACUAACUUCCACUGACCUGUGGGACACGUUUGUUUCUGGGCUGGAUCAGUAUAUGGAAAGAUUCUUGCAGAUGUUUAAGGCCAAGAGUCACUGCAUUCAAGCACUUAGCAGCCUCCUGUCUCUGCUUGAUGAUGAUAAUUCAGUUCAAAAGAAAAGGGCAGUCAUUCUGAGAGGCCUGCCACAUUUUCUCAGGGAGGAUCCAUCCAAACUUCUAAAGAUUGCUGAGACUACAGAGAGUGAGGAGCAGAUGGCAAAAGGAGUAAGUAUUGGUGUCUUGCUGAUACAAGAAGAGGAGGACGUCAUUGACUUUUCAGUGGUACUGGAAGAGCAGAUCAUCCUGAAUGGCAUUACUGACUUCCCCCAUGCGGUAGCUAUGCUUGUUGGUCUGUUAUUCGCACUUAAUAUUGACUACCCCAAGGAACUGCGCUACACGUUCGAGGUCAUUCAGAAGGUUUUAAUGAACAUUGGAGGUGAACAGUGUUCUGCUAGGGUUCACGGACUCAGAAACAGACUCUUGUGUAAAACUCUGUAGGUGGUAAAGCAGUCAGUGGAUAUCCCAAGAGUGUGCUGUGUUUAUCUGAAACAUACAUGUGCUUAAACUGAGCAUAAUAUUUUUUUCUGAAAUGUUAAAGACUACAUGCAAAGUUCUAUAUAAUUGAAUUGAUCAGGUGUAAAUAGGUCGUUCAGAGUGGUUUGAAGGGAUUCAUUAUAGAGAAAUUUACAGGCUUAUUAUUUUUUU